CGAACUUGCUCGUUCCAAUUCUUAUUCCUACGACUUUUUUGCCUAUAUAUACAAACCCUUUAACACCAAACUCAAAACACACAACAAACAAUAACAACUUUUACAAAGCUCAAAAAAAAUUUCUUAUACAUAAACAAAAACACAAAAAAUGGGUCGUGGUUAUAACUUCUUGUUCAGUCUAGUAACGUUUUUAGUAUUGGUGACGGCUGUAACUGCACAGGGGAACCGUGGCUUUAGCAAUGGUGGGGGACAAAGACCGCGUGUUGGGUUUUAUGGGAAUAGAUGCCGAAACGUAGAGUCUAUUGUGACAUCGGUGGUUCGAUCUCAUGUCCGGUCUAACCCGGCUAAUGCACCGGGGAUUUUGCGUAUGCAUUUUCACGAUUGCUUUGUUCGUGGCUGCGAUGGCUCUGUUCUCCUCGCUGGUAACACCACGGAGAGAAACGCCGGUCCCAACCGUUCAUUGAGAGGGUUUGAAGUUAUUGAAGAGGCUAAGGCUAGGCUUGAGGCUGCUUGUCCUCGAACCGUUUCUUGUGCUGAUAUUCUCACUCUUGCUGCUCGCGACGCUGUCGUUUUGACCGGUGGACAAAGCUGGCGAGUGCCUUUGGGACGUCUGGACGGCCGAAUCUCGCAAGCCUCAGACGUGGUCUUGCCCGGACCGAACGACGCCGUCGACAAGCAGAAGCGAGACUUCGCUGCUAAAACUCUUAACACACUAGACCUCGUAACUCUUGUUGGAGGACACACGAUAGGAACUGCUGGUUGCGGUUUAGCUAGAGGCAGAUUUUUUAACUUCAACGGUACAGGGCAACCUGACCCAUCAAUCGACCCUAGAUUCGUACCAUUGGUUCAAGCUCGAUGCCCUCAAAAUGGUGACGCAACGGUCCGAGUCGACUUAGACGCUGGAAGUGCUGGCAGGUUCGACACAUCAUUCCUGAGGAAUGUGAGGUCAAGCCGCGUGGUUCUCCAAUCGGAUCUAGUACUAUGGAGGGAUCCUGAGACCCGAAACAUCGUCGAACGGCUCUUAGGCUUACGCCGACCGUUCUUGAACUUCAGAUCAGAGUUCGGGAAGUCGAUGAUCAAGAUGAGUCUCAUAGAAGUUAAGACUGGAUCAGACGGGGAGGUUCGUAGGGUUUGCUCUGCGAUCAAUUAAGAAUAUGGAAAACACAAAUUAAAUGUGUGGUUUGAUUUUAAUUUAUGAUUUGUUUAACUAAUUAUCAUUUGGUUUGUAUAAUAAGCUUGUUAUUAUAGCAUUUGUGGUUGGUGGUUACGUUUUGAUUUCUCGAGUAUGAGAUUGUACUUGUAACAAAAAAAUGUAUGAUAUAAAAUUGUGGUUUGUUUCUUCACUCGUGUACGGAAAGUAUUCAAAGAAGAAAGUGUUUACUUAUGUUAGAUUAAUUGAAGCUAGUCUUAUCUA